CUCUCUCUGAGUUUCGGUGAAUCAAGACUCCGGCUAUAGAGGUUCGAUAGUGUUCCGAGCUUCAGUGUUAGAAACCCUAAAGGCUAAACGAUAACAAGACCGAACCGUACUUCAAUUCAACUACUAAACCGUCGGUUUAAAGUUGCGAAAAUUAAACUCCAAAUUUGAAAACCGCUCUGGAGAGAGAGAUGAAGGAAAUUCAAAUUCCCAGGAAAAACUCUGCGCGCUCAUCUGAUCCUGCAACGAAGAGACUCAUCAAGGAUCCUGAGAUGAAGAAUCGCAAGGUUACGGAGAAGAGACAGAGCGCGACCUUCUCCGACGUAUCAGUGGAAAGCACGAAGGAUCCGCCGGUGGAAUUCACUCCGAUCUCUCAGAUUUCCGGCGCGAUCUCCGAUUCCGAAGCCGAGAGUUUUGUGCAAGGAUCGAGCGUAGACCUGUUAUUAUCAACGCCAGAGAUUUCUCUUCCGGCUGAUGAGUCUCCAGUUUCGACGGUUACUGAUAAGGAUUUUCACAUCGACGCUGAUCGGAUUCAGUCGAUCGUCGACUUGCCUGCUUCUGUGGAGUCCUUGCGCGCGGAGAUCAGUGACCUGAAGAAGUUCAUCUGUUCAGUUGAGAAAUCUGAAGAGAGCAAAUGGAUCGAUGGAGUUCUUACUCGCAAAUCCCACCGCAUUGUGCUGUUGAUUUGUAUCCUUUGGGCUGUCUUAGCUGCGAUUGUGGUCUCCGUCAGGUCAGGGGAGAAGAUUGCUUACUAUGGACCACUUCCAACUUGAAGGAUUCAAUUCAAACCACUUCACAUGGAUGUAAGGACUUGGCUACUAUCACACUGAGAAACAAGGGACCAAAAACUCAACUACUUAUCUAGAAGUUAAGCAUAGUAUUUUCGUAAAUUUCUCUAAUGAAUUGUUUAGUUGAUAUUAAAAUUACCAAAAACAUAUAAUUACUGAUUUACUAUCGGAAA